AAGUGAUAGAUCUUACUCAUGAUAACAAAGAUGAUCUUCAGGCUGCCAUUGCUUUGAGUCUACUGGAGUCUCCCAAAAUUCAAGCUGAUGGAAGAGAUCUUAACAGGAUGCAUGAGGCAACCUCUGCAGAAACUAAACGCUCAAAGAGAAAACGCUGUGAAGUCUGGGGAGAAAAUCCCAAUCCCAAUGACUGGAGGAGAGUUGAUGGCUGGCCAGUUGGGCUGAAAAAUGUUGGCAAUACAUGUUGGUUCAGUGCUGUUAUUCAGUCUCUUUUUCAGUUGCCUGAGUUUCGAAGACUUGUUCUCAGCUAUAGUCUGCCACAAAAUAUACUUGAAAAUUGUCAAAGUCACACGGAAAAGAGAAAUAUCGUGUUUAUGCAGGAGCUUCAGUAUUUGUUUGCUCUUAUGAUGGGAUCGAAUCGAAAAUUUGUAGACCCUUCUGCAGCCCUGGAUCUAUUAAAGGGAGCAUUCCGAUCAUCUGAGGAACAGCAGCAAGAUGUGAGUGAAUUCACACACAAGCUCCUGGAUUGGCUAGAGGAUGCAUUCCAGCUAGCUGUCAAUGUUAACAGCAAUCCCAGGAACAAAUCCGAAAAUCCCAUGGUGCAGCUAUUCUACGGUACUUUCUUAACUGAAGGGAUUCGUGAAGGAAAGCCCUUUUGUAACAACGAGACCUUUGGCCAGUAUCCCCUCCAGGUAAACGGUUAUCGCAACUUAGACGAAUGUUUGGAAGGGGCCAUGGUGGAGGGUGACAUUGAGCUUCUUCCUUCUGAUCAUUCAGUGAAGUAUGGACAAGAGCGUUGGUUUACCAAGCUACCUCCAGUGUUGACCUUUGAGCUCUCAAGAUUCGAGUUCAAUCAGUCCCUUGGGCAGCCAGAAAAAAUUCAUAAUAAGCUUGAAUUUCCUCAGAUUAUUUAUAUGGACAGAUACAUGUACAGGAGCAAGGAGCUUGUUCGAAAUAAGAGAGAGAGUAUUCGAAAGUUGAAGGAGGAAAUACAAGUUCUUCAGCAAAAAUUGGAAAGGUAUGUGAAAUAUGGCUCUGGUCCAUCUCGUUUCCCACUCCCAGACAUGUUGAAAUAUGUUAUUGAAUUUGCCAGUACAAAGCCUAUCUCAGAAAGCUGUCCAUCUCAAAGUGACACACAUGUGACAUUGCCAAUUUCUUCAGUGCACUGCCCAGUUUCUGACCUGACAUCCAAGAGAAGUACAGGUCCAGAAAGCUCUUCUGAGGAUGUUGACUGUACCUUUUCCCCUUGUGAAGACCAUCUACACAAGUCUGAGGUGAUGAACAGGCCACUGACCUCUCCCCGGUCUCCCCUGGGAAUGCCUGCACACCCAGCUCCUCGGACAGUCACGCCUGAGGAGAUGAGCUUUGUUAAGACCUGUCUUCAGAGGUGGAGAAGUGAAAUUGAACAAGAUAUACAAGACUUAAAGGAUUGUAUUGCAAGCACCACUGAGACUAUUGAGCAGAUGUACUGUGAUCCUCUCCUUCGUAAGGUGCCUUAUCAUCUACAUGCAGUUCUUGUUCAUGAAGGACAAGCAAAUGCUGGGCACUACUGGGCCUAUAUCUAUAAUCAACCCCGGCAGAUCUGGCUCAAGUACAAUGAUAUCUCUGUUACUGAAUCUUCCUGGGAAGAACUUGAGAGAGAUUCAUACGGGGGCCUGAGAAAUGUUAGUGCCUACUGUCUGAUGUAUAUUAAUGACAAGCUGCCCCACUUUAAUGCAGAGACAGCCUCAAAUGAGUCUGAUCAAAUGAUAGGCGAACUGGAAGCCCUGUCUGUUGAACUCAGACAUUACAUUCAGGAAGACAACUGGCGGUUUGAACAGGAAGUAGAGGAGUGGGAAGAAGAGCAGUCUUGCAAAAUCCCUCAAAUGGAAUCCUCUUCAAGCUCAGCAUCACAGGAAUUCUCUUCGACGCAAGAGCCUGCAGUAGCCUCUUCUCAUGGGGUUCGCUGUUUGUCAUCUGAGCAUGCUGUGAUUGUGAAGGAACAGACUGCCCAGGCUAUUGCAAAUACUGCCCAUGCCUAUGAGAAGAGUGGUGUAGAAGCAGCAUUGAGUGAGCUUAAGGAAGCUGAACCCAAGAAGCCCAGGCCCCAGGAAACAAACCGUGCAGAGCAGUCAGAACAGCCCCCAAAGCCUAAUGACACAGAGUCUGCUGCCCAGCCUAAUUCUGAGGUCUCUGAAGUCGAGAUUCCCAGUGUGGGAAGGAUUCUGGUUAGAUCUGAUGCAGAUGGAUAUGAUGAGGAGGUGAUGCUGAGCCCUGCCAUGCAAGGGGUCAUCCUGGCCAUAGCUAAAGCCCGUCAGACCUUUGACCGAGAUGGGUCUGAAGCAGGGCUUAUUAAGGCAUUCCAUGAAGAAUACUCCAGACUCUAUCAGCUUGCUGAGGAGACACCCACCUCUCACAGUGACCCUCGACUUCAGCAUGUUCUUGUCUACUUUUUCCAAAAUGAAGCACCCAAACGAGUAAUAGAGCGGACCCUUCUGGAGCAGUUUGCAGAUAAAAAUCUGAGCUACGAUGAAAGAUCAAUCAGCAUUAUGAAGGUGGCUCAGGCUAAACUGAAGGAAAUUGGUCCAGAUGACAUGAAUAUGGAGGAGUACAAGAAGUGGCAUGAAGAUUAUAGUUUGUUUCGAAAGGUGUCCGUGUAUCUCCUAACAGGCCUGGAACUCUAUCAAAAAGGAAAGUAUCAAGAAGCAUUGUCCUACCUGGUAUAUGCCUACCAGAGCAACGCCGCUCUCCUAAUGAAGGGGCCCCGCCGGGGGGUGAAGGAAUCAGUGAUUGCUUUAUACCGAAGAAAAUGCCUUCUGGAGCUAAAUGCCAGAGCAGCUUCACUCUUUGAAACAAAUGAUGACCACUCUGUAACGGAGGGCAUUAAUGUGAUGAAUGAAUUGAUCAUUCCAUGCAUUCACCUUAUCAUUAAUAAUGACAUCUCCAAGGAUGACCUGGAUGCCAUUGAAGUCAUGAGAAACCAUUGGUGCUCUUACCUUGGGCAGGAUAUUGCAGAAAAUCUGCAGCUGUGCUUAGGGGAGUUUCUACCCAGGCUUCUGGAUCCUUCUGCAGAAAUCAUUGUCUUGAAGGAACCGCCAACUAUUCGACCUAAUUCUCCCUAUGACCUUUGUAGCCGAUUUGCAGCUGUCAUGGAGUCAAUUCAAGGUGUUUCAACUGUGACAGUGAAAUAAGCACCUCAUGUUCAAGGCCCACGGCAUUCUCUGGUUGCCUACUUGUUGCACAGCAGUCUGUUGUCACAGUGUUCACUGGGGGAAAGGGAUUCAGUGGAAAAGUAAAAUUCACAUCCACACCCCACCCAUGUUGCAUGUUUAAAGAAGGAUUAAAGAUGAAGUUGCACUUUUUAGGUACAGAGUUAUAAAAGCUAUUUCACUAGGAAAGGCAGGAACCCAUAUAUUAAGGCAUUAUAUUAUGCCUGAAGAGCCGAAAUGCCUUGAAACCACAAUGCUUGGGCUUUUCCAAGCCUCUCAGCACUUUUUGAAUUAUUCUUCAGGCAUAAAUAUUUUUGACAGCAGAAUAGAAGAGUGAUUCAUCAGAACCUGAACCAGAUGAACAGCUACUAGUUAUUUUAUCAAGUACAGAUGACAUUUUAAAAUUCUGAACUAUAAGAAGUUAGUAAUAUAAACCCUGCCUUGCUCUUGACAAGAGGAGACAAAAAUGGGUUGCUGAUGAGCCUACCCCCUUUCACACGUGGGUAGAACAUAAGGUUGCAUGGCAGGAGAUGCUGAAAAGUCAGAAAGCUGCACCUCCUUUCUUCUCUUUUAUAUUUUUAAAUAAGCCAAAAGACCUCAUUCGCAGUCCUGAAUAAAAGGAAAGCAAUUAAGGACGUUGGAAAGAAUAGCAUUAUGCAGCUUGACUAAAGAUGGGAUUUUAAUAGUUAUUAACUAUUUAGGCAAAAUUCUCUAUUUGAAAAUUGUCAGAAAUAGAUGUCUGAGGCUAUUCCUUGCCCAGUAGAACAUUUUGAUUCUUUUUUUGCUUUUAAAAAAUAAGGAAUAUGGAUUUGUAAAAAUAUAUAUAUAUGUAUAUUUAGAGAGAAAACCAUUUUAAAAAUACUCCUAACUGGGAAUUAUGUUUUAACCAAAAUUUAAAGAUUAAUAGAGGAAACAUGGGAGGGGAAAACACCUGAUACAACUAUGCAGAUUUUAUAAUGUGCAAUAAAAGUAUUUGUUUUACCGUU